CGGAGCAAAACGAAAACUGUAUAGUAAACAUUAACCGUUUUUUCUCCGAAAAUCCCAUCCAAUUUUCCUCACCUUCUGGCAAACCAAACAAAACAUCCACAAUGGACGAAGUGGUAGAGGCGGUGGAGAAAGCAAAGAAAGAGUGGGACGAAGCGUAUGCAAAAACUCAAGAACACAUAAAAGAAAUUGAAAACUAUGGGAAAUCAAGGAGGGACAACACAGAGGAAAAAGAAAAGAAUUCGUUUCCGAGAUUGAAUGGGCUGGCCCAAGAUGGCUUGGCUUUGCUUAAUUCAUUGCAAUUUCAGCUUGAUCUACUAGCUCCGCAGCUGCCCACUCAUGAUCAAGUUCAGUCCGCCCAGUCGCUGCUUCAAUCGUGGAAGAAAGAAUGCAACAAUUUGCGACUGAGUCUGAGGAAUGCUAACUUGCAAGCAAAGGCUAAUAUGAGGAAAGCUGCCCAGGAAGAGAGAGAACUACUUUUGGGUGGUGGAGAAGAGUCCACAAUUCGCAGGCGCAAUUUACAGACAAAGGUUGGAAUGACAUCUGCUGCAGAAAGCAUCACAGAGAGCCUUCGUCGAACUCGUCAACUGAUGGUUCAGGAAGUGGAAAGAAGUGCAGGCACACUCAUGACUUUUGAUGAAUCCACAGGAGUGUUACGCAAAGCUGAAAGUGAAUACAAGGGCCACCGCUCUUUGUUGAUGCGAACAAGAAACCUGCUCUCUACAAUGCAGCGUCAGGAUGUUAUUGACAGGGUGAUACUUGUAUUGGGAGUUUUCUUGUUCUCGUGUGCUGUACUCUAUGUUGUUUCAAAGCGUAUUGGGCUACUGACGUUACAGAGAAAGGUUACUGCUGCCAUAAAGGCCGGCAUGGCUGGUCAAGCAGAGAUCAGACCUGGAGCUAUUGAAGAUGGUAUAAAUCUGGUGCGGGGUCAUCGUGACAAUGCAGUUCCAAGGGUAGAGGUUCCAGUUGAGCAGCCUAUGCAUGAUGAACUUUAAGGCUUGAUAGAAUUUAUCCAAAAAAGCUAAUGGACAUCCCCAUGUCCUUAUUUUAUCACAGUUCACACAAAUGAGUCAAAAAGCAUGUCAUCAAAUGUACCAUAAUGGUUUUGUUGUACUCUUUGUAUGAAUGCAUCAUUUUUCUCUUGA